CCGCAGCCGCUGCCCGGGGCCGGGCGCCCGCGGCGGCACCAUGAGUCCCCGCUGGUGCCUGCGUUCACUGCGCCUCCUGGUCUUCGCCGUCUUCUCGGCCGCCGCGAGCAACUGGCUGUACCUAGCCAAGCUGUCAUCGGUGGGAAGCAUCUCCGAGGAGGAGACGUGCGAGAAGCUGAAGGGCCUGAUCCAGAGGCAGGUGCAGAUGUGCAAGCGGAACCUAGAGGUGAUGGACUCGGUGCGCCGCGGCGCCCAGCUCGCCAUCGAGGAAUGCCAGUACCAGUUCCGGAACCGGCGCUGGAACUGCUCCACGCUCGACUCGCUGCCGGUCUUCGGCAAGGUGGUGACGCAAGGGACUCGGGAGGCGGCCUUCGUGUACGCCAUCUCUUCGGCAGGUGUGGCCUUUGCGGUGACGCGGGCGUGCAGCAGCGGGGAGCUGGAGAAGUGCGGCUGUGACCGGACGGUGCAUGGGGUCAGCCCGCAGGGCUUUCAGUGGUCAGGAUGCUCGGAUAACAUCGCCUACGGCGUGGCCUUCUCCCAAUCAUUCGUAGACGUCCGCGAGAGGAGCAAGGGGGCCUCGUCCAGCCGGGCCCUCAUGAACCUCCACAACAACGAGGCCGGCAGGAAGGCCAUCCUGACACACAUGCGGGUGGAGUGCAAGUGCCACGGGGUGUCGGGCUCCUGCGAGGUAAAGACGUGCUGGCGAGCCGUGCCGCCCUUCCGCCAGGUGGGCCACGCCCUGAAGGAGAAGUUCGACGGCGCCACGGAGGUGGAGCCCCGCCGCGUGGGCUCCUCCAGGGCCCUCGUGCCGCGCAACGCGCAGUUCAAGCCGCACACGGAUGAGGACCUGGUGUACCUGGAGCCCAGCCCGGACUUCUGCGAGCAGGACGUGCGCAGCGGCGUGCUGGGCACGCGGGGCCGCACGUGCAACAAGACGUCCAAGGCCAUCGACGGCUGCGAGCUGCUGUGCUGCGGCCGCGGCUUCCACACGGCGCAGGUGGAGCUGGCCGAGCGCUGCAGCUGCAAGUUCCACUGGUGCUGCUUCGUCAAAUGCCGGCAGUGCCAGCGGCUGGUGGAGCUGCACACGUGCCGGUGACCGCCGCCCGGCCCGGCGCCCAGCGACCGCCUCGUGGCCCCGGGGAAGGCCGAUAAUUUAAACAGUACCCCCUGCCAGCCACCACCCGCCCCAAAAGAUACUGGUUGUUAUUUUUUGUUUUGGUUUGGUUUUUGGGUCCCUCCUGUUAUUUAUUGCCCGAACCGGGCGGGCGGCCCCAAGGGCACCGACCCUGGGGCCGCCCUGAAGCCGGGGCCUUUGUGGCUGCCACUGACCAAAGGGACUUUGCGCGUGCCUCCGGCUGUCCACAUGUGGCCGCUGCUGACCACUCACUUGUUAUCUGUACCCGUUUUUCUACUUGCGGACUUCAGGUGGGUGACGAAGAGUGUCCCAGCCACCCAUGCCGACUGACCCUGCUGUCCAGGGAGACGGGUGGCAGGGGAACGGUGCCAUCUAGAUGGCAGCCACACACACCCCCCCCCCCCACUUACACGGGGGCCCCUGGCAGCUUCGGCCUCAUCAUCUCUCAAGCCCCCUGGAAAAGCAGUGGGUAGACACACCAGGUCUCCAUGGGCAGCCGGCGGUUCAAUCUCUGUAGGCCCCUCCAGGCAAGAGCAGCAGAUGAGGCCAAGACCAGUGCAGGCUGCAGCACCCCGACCCUCAGAGAGGGAGACGUCCCCCACUCCCCCCAGUCCCCCCCGGUCCCUCCCAGACAGGAAUACAGCUGCAGCCUGGAUCGGAGACCCCAGGUCGGCCUUCACGGUGACUCUUCAUGGGGCUGCUCCUCCGUGAAAUUAAGAACGUUAAUGUCAUACACGGGAAAGGGCCAUGUGCAAAAGCCCUCACCCGACUUUCAUUUCACUCUCUUAGCCACAUCUGUUAAGCAAACACUGUUCCAGGCCCUGUCCUGGGCCGUCUCACUGGACGACCGCGGCAGUCCUGGGAGGCCAACCAGACAGGGACGCACGCUUGUGCUCGUUUCACAGGACGAAGGGCAAGGCUCGGCUGGGUCCAGGACCCAUAGAUGUGGACACGGAGCCAGAACAGCCCUCCAGCCAGGCCUCCUCCUGGGAGCCUGUUCCCAAGGUCCCAGAGACUGUAGGGCCCCCUUGCGUCUGAGACUUGGGGACGGGACUCCAGCAGCAGGAGCCACAGACCACAGGCCGAGCUGGAGCCCACGUGGUUCCCCAGGGAGGGCAGAGCCGGCUCGGAGGGAAGUGGGGGCCAGCAGCCAGGCUGACAAAGCGAGGUCUCAGCACAGAGGCACCCCUGCUCCCAGGUGCCGCGGGGCCUGAAGCAGCGCCCUCAGAGCCAGCCCCACAGCCUAGGCCUGGCCCUGUGCACCCAUCAGGCCACAGGCCCAGGCUUCUGUGGGCAGGGCCUGCACAUGGCAAGCCCCGGCCUGACCCAGCUGCUUCUCAGGUGGGCUCCUGACCCCCCGGGGACCUCCCUCCAGCCCGCUCUCCAAGCUGCCCCAAUAUGGAGGCUUUCUGCUCCUGCUUUGAGGUCUUGGGGUUCAGGACUCCCCCUUGCAGGUUCUCAGACUCCCAGUUGUUGGCUCCAAGAUUCAGUAUCUGAAUUCAAAGCCCCAGAUCCACAAUACAGGCUCUGGCCUGUUAGACUCGCUUCUCCGGGCCUGGAGGUUUGUGCCUCCUGGUGUUGGCUCCCUCACGAAGACAGGGUCAACACCCUUGGCCCCUAGCCAAGCUCUCUGCUCAGUGUCCAUCCGAGAAGAAGGCCAAAACCAAGUGAGAUGCUGGACCCACAUUCAAACGUAGGGAUAAUCUUGGGGCAGGCAGGCUCUGAUGUGGAUGAAAGCUGAGCUGAUUCAGUGUCCCCACGGUUAGCUGCCCAGCUGGGCUCACUGCUCCUCUGGCGGGCUCUGCUCAGCUGUCUGCUCAGCGCCAGGGAAAAACACUAUCCCUCACUGGCACGGGCCAGACCCACACAAAGGAAGCGGUGAAGACCCCUCCCCCACCCCAGGUCCUGUCCUCAGAGGCAGGGGCAUAGUCGAUCCCGGCUGGAUGCUGGUAUGAUGGGCACUGCCCCAGGAAGAAGGCACAGGGCCUGUGCUUGUUCACAGGCUUCACCUUUCCACCCACCAGGGGGCUCCUCAAAGCUGAUCCUCCUGUGGCUUUCGAAGGGUGUAGCCUCAGUGAAGCAGACUAGAUUCUAGCAACCUCUGCCCAGCCCCUACCACUGCUGCCACCAGCACCCCAAAGGGCUCCACAGCUGCAGGAAAAUGGAGCUUCCUGGGACACAUCCCACUCCAGACUGUCCAAAUAAAGAGGAAUCAGCACAGGAUUGACACAGUCACCCACUCUGGAGGCUGGCCAGAGGGUCCAAGCCCUGCCCGAAACCCUCCCCACUAGUCCGAUCACAAGGCAAGGCGUCCUCUGAGGCCUCGGGCUGGACGAGUCCCAGUUCUGGAUGCUGCUACCCCCUGCUGCCCCCACCCCAUGCCCUGACUUUUAUACUAGGCUCCUUGCCUUUGUGACAUCCUCAUGAAAUAGUCUGGUGCACGAUAAAAUGAUUAUUUCUUUA